GAAACUGUAGCCAUUAAAAAAUUUAUUGAGUCUGAUGAUGAUCCAGCCAUUAAACGAAUCGCAAUGAGAGAAAUUAGAAUGUUAAAGCAUUUAAAACAUGAAAAUCUCGUUAAUUUAAUUGAAGUAUUUAAAACAAAACGAAAACAUAAAUUGCAUUUAGUAUUUGAAUAUUGUGAUAGAACCGUACUAGAUGAACUUGAAUCUCAUAGAAAUGGAGUACCAGAAGUCAUGAUUAAAAAGAUUACUUAUCAAGUAUUGAAUGCUGUUGAAUUUUGUCAUCGACAUAAUUGCAUCCAUCGUGAUGUUAAACCGGAAAAUAUUCUGAUAACAAAACAGAAUAUUGUUAAAUUGUGUGAUUUUGGUUUUGCAAGAUUGAUGACACAACAACUCGAAAUGACUGAUUAUGUAGCUACACGAUGGUAUCGUGCGCCUGAACUAUUGGUUGGUGAUCGACAAUAUGGAACGCCUGUUGACGUUUGGGCUGGUAAGAAUUUAAAAGAAUAG